AUGCUACAGGAGGACCAAAACAGGCUCUUUCCCAAACUUCCGGGACUUUCUGCAAAGAUCGUCGUUCCAACCACGGUGAGAGCGAAGCACGAAGAGGCGGCAACGGCCGAGAUCACUGCGACCGGAGGCGUUUCCAGCACGCCUGCUGACGCAACAACAGCGGCUCCCAAUCCCCUCACCAACAACGUCGCUACCACUGACCCGGCAACCACCCUUUCGGACCCCAACCUAGGCUCCACCACGAGCGACUCGACGAACACACCCCCGCAGGUUCCCGCGCAGGCCUCCGCGAGCGGUUCCUCCCCCACCCCGCAGCCGCCCGGUGGUGACUGCUCUGCCUCCGCGUGCGAUUUCUACUUCACGGGAUUCCAGGACUCCAUUCCAACGUUCAAGCUUCCCGAGAGCGGCGGUGACGUGGCGAUCAGCCCGGCUGUCGAGGCGUCGGUGAAGGGGAGCGCUGUAAACGUGAUUGCACUUAACUCGCAGACGGCGACGUACACUUGUAGCAAUGGCUCUAUGUCCGACGACAACCAGUUCUACGUCGUUCAGGAUGUGGUGCAAGUGCGGACGAUCCAACCGCAGGACAAGGGCAAGUACAAUGGUCUCAUCGUCAAGAUCCCCAUUUCGAAUGCGGAGAUUGAGGUGUUCAAUCAGGUGUUUAACCUCAACCCCAACGACGGCUCGUCUUCUUUCCCCGAAGAGCGCCGUUGCGUCAUCUUCCAGACGUCUUAG